AUGCAAUUCGGCAAAGCAAUCGGGACGGCAUGUGCGUCGUUUGCGAUCACGAAUAUCGACGAUGCAUUCGUGCUGGUCACGUUCUUUGCCGAGGCAAGCACACGCAAGAAUGCCACUCUCACCCCGUUGAAGAUUACCAUCGGGCAGUAUCUGGGGUUUACGGUGAUUGUGGUUAUAAGUAUGAUUGGGUUUGGCGUGUCGCUUGUUCUGCCUUCGGAGCCGAUUGGGUUUUUGGGAUUGUUGCCUAUGCUUCUUGGUGUUUGGGCUUUGAUUGGGUUGAUAUUUGGCGGGGAUGAUGAUGAUGAUGAGGAUGACGACGUGGAGGAUGGUGAUGCUGCUGAUGGGGAGGCAGGUGAGGGGGGAAGGGAGGAGGCUGUGGAAGGAGAUGGAGGGAGGGGGAAUAUACGAUCCAGACUGGGCUCGUUCAAGGGCAUUUUCAAGGUCGGAUCGAUGACUGUUAUUAACGGGGGUGAUAAUAUCGGGACAUACAUACCGCUCUUUUCGCAGGCGAAGGGUGCGGAGAUCGCUGUCUACGUCGUUGUCUACUACAUCCUCCUGGGGGUAUGGUGUCUGGCUGCGUGGCUGGUUAUGAAGCAGAGGCAUAUUUUGAAGCUUGCGCAGAAAUAUGCCGAGUAUGUUGUGCCGUUCCUUUACAUGGGGCUCGGUAUUUACAUUGUUGUGAAGUCUGAUGCUUAUCCAUGGUCUAUCGAGCGCAUUGAUGGAGAUAUCGAUUCUCAUCCUGGAAAGCUUGUUAUGGCGGUUUCUACGACCGGGCUGCUUUUGUUGUGUAUCGGCGGAAUGGGGUUCCUCCAGUGGUGGAAGUGGAAAAAGGAAAAGAAGAACACUUCCGACGAGACGGGGGCUGAGAGGCUGGACUCGCCAUCCAUUGAUGAUGAUGGUCUUUCAAGGAGAACUGAAGUUGAACCCCCCUUUGACGAUGAGAUAAAGACUGCCGUUCAAACCCCUGCCUCCGAGAAUGACUCUCAUACUAGAAGGGUAGGCGAUGUUACUUAA